AUGUCGUACUGCGAACCUGACUUUGUCCCGGAUCCUAUGGACAUUGACGACGACGAUUUUGAAGUCAAUGGUACACCUCUGCAGGAUUCUGUCGAAGGCUCCGCAGAAGAGCACAGGGUGGCCUAUGAUAGCCCCAAGAGUCCCCUUGUCGACUUAUGGACUCCGUUUGAUAUCUUUGCUGAAGGUCAGCAACGCCGCGCGAAGGCAGACGAAGGGACCGAGUACAAAUGCAUACAAGAACACAUCAAUAGUCUGCAGGAUUCGCCACUUCAUUCGGGCACAAGUAGAAAGCCGAACAUCUACAGACCCAUGAGCCCAUCCCGUCUGAAGACAGAAUACAGCGAUGACAGACACACCAACUGGUGGCGACCAAGACCAAAGGCUGUGGAAGCUCUACAGUGCUUCAUAGGGGCCUACGAAAAAAGGAUCGGACGAGACAUAGUGUUCAAGAUGUUCAAAGACCUCGACGAUGCCCUGUUUGGUGGCUCUUUGUUGCACCGGGUACACAUUUCGUGGUUCAGCAGUACUGGCGACUGUUGUAAGGUCGAUGCGAGCAAGAAUAAUGAUAUCAGCAUAUAUCUCAAUGCGGCGAAAAUAAGUGGAAGUUCCCCGGAGCUGUAUGGAGCAUACCUGCAUGCCCUAGUACACGCUUUCAUGAAAUCGCAGACCAUUCUUCCGGAUUACUGUUGUUCUGGACCCAGCAGCAAGUACAGGUCGAAAGAACAUGACGAUAUAUUCUACAGCAUUCUGGCAAAGGCGAGUAGGCGUCUGGACCAUGUGUUCGAACUACUUGUACAGGACGCGGAGAUGUGCGAACAGAAAGGCUUUCUUCCAAGUCAGACACAGCGUGAGAACAUCAGGAGGCAGUCACAAAUCAAUCGGACCGACAAGAAGCAGCCUGGUGAUAAUGUCUUCGCAGAGAAAAAGAAGGGGAUUGGCGCAGAUCAGGAAUCAAGGCAAGGUACACAGGAUAAUGGCGAGGACUUCUUUCACAAAAAUACAGAGAUACCACCACUGUUUGGAGAAAGUCGGCAAGCAUAUGAUCGACAAAAACACAGCAGCUGUGCUGAACACACUCAGUUCCAUGGCAAUGCAAGAGGCUCCGCUCAUGACAAUGCGGAUUAUAAACAGUACUCGCAAUUUGGAGGCAGGAGCAGAAAGGAACAUAAGAAAGCUCCAGCCGAGACACAGUGGAGGAACUGGUUCAGACAAGAUGAAAAGGAGGAGAGAAGAGGCACUUUCGGUGAUGACAGGCCGUAUGAGGGCAGUCGCUACCAACGGCGUCAUUACGAUUACGACAAGAGCGAGGAGUCCAGCCAUUAUGCACCACCACCACCACCACCACCUCCUCCUCCUCCUCCUCCUCCUCCUCCUCCUCCUCCUUACGGUCAUUCACAAGCUGGUAAAAAUUAUGGCUCUAGUGGAUUCCCGAAGUAUGAGCGGUAUCAGCACCACUACCGGUACGAGCAACAAGCAAAACCAGACCCUCCGCCUGCAUGGCAGCCACCACUACUUCCUCCCCCUCCACCCUCGAGUAAUAUAUUCAAUCCCUACACUGUACUUGGCAUUCAUAGGACAGCGAGUAUAGAAGAGAUCGGGAAAGUUUAUAAAAAGCUGGCGUUGGCGAAUCAUCCGGACAAAGCACAUGAUAAGAAAGAGGAGGCAACGGAGAGGAUGAAGGAAAUUAAUAUGGCAAGAGAGAUACUUGUUAAUCCUAAGCGCCGAAAGGAUUAUGACACAAAGGGAAAAUUUUGAACAGCCGCAGUAUAUGUAGAGGAAGCAAUGUAGCAGUCACAGACGGACGGGACCAACCAACCAUGGUGGAUAUGGUAGACUAUCAGGAGACUCACAAGUGUAGACAAGGAGAAUAUGUCGCGGCACUUAUUUUCAUUCAGGUUUGAAGAUCGUCUUUUGAGGAGGCAAAAUUAAUGACCUGAACCGUAAAAGUUUACGUCACAGAGAAAUGAAUGGUUGGCAGUUGACCUUCGCUUAGGCUUUGUACGCCGAUGAGGGUCUGUCUGUCGGAGGUCAGUAUGUAUAAUAGUAGUUAAU